AUGUCCGGUUUGUGCAAGGAUAUGAAUUUCCAAAAAUGGGCGCUUGACGUGUACCUGCUCGACAAGUACGGCAUCGAGAUGCGGACCAACCCCACGCUGUCGAGAGCCUCGGACGCAUCCUUUCAACUCAACACCAAGCACCUCAUCACGCAACUUCGGGCAGAGGUCAACUUACACAAGGAGGAGGGUGGGAAAAAAGAAAUCAAGAUCAAGGGCCUCGAGCAGAAGGUCGAGUCAUUGGAGCGGGAGAAGGGCGCGAUGCAAGCGGAGUUGGAGGCGAAGGCAGAAUCACUCGCGCUACUGCAGAAAGCGUUCGACGCACUGAAGAUUACCGCCGCGACAACCGCAGCUGCGAAUGUGGGGGGGAGCGAGAGUGUGCCGCAGACGGCGACCGAAGAAACCACCCCGCCACCACAGCAACCCCCUCAAUCAACGCCCACUCAACAGAGCAAGGGCAGCCAGCUCGACUAA